AAGACACACACACCCUGUAUGCGGCUGCCUGAAACACCAUGCAUGAGACGACUACUCGGGAUUCUUAUAAUUUUUCCUUUUUAAGUGUCCCCUCCCUCGGAGUGUGAGGUGGGCGGCCUCCCCAUCGGGUACGGAUCCAGGGACUCCAUCCUCAGGCCUGGUGACAAGGAGCACUGGAAAAGACGAAGGCGUGGCCCACUAAGGCGGAUCGAUAGCUGCAGCAGCUGGGAUCCAGGCCACACCGGCGGCGAGGCCGGCAAAGACAAAGCGCAGGCUGCGUUCGGACUGAGCAGAGGUGCAGCAAUGCGCUGCUCCACCCUACUCGGUAUCCUCACUGGGGUGCUUCUCUACUUGGUGCUGGGAGCCGUGGUGUUCCGCUCCUUGGAGGCUCCGCGAGAGGAAGGCAAGCACAUGCGUCUGCAGGACGCGCGGCGGGACUUCUUGUUGAACUUUACCUGCAUGGGCCCAGAUGACCUGCAGACGUUUAUAGAGGAAGUAGUGGAGGCCGUCGGCGCAGGCGUGGAUCCCGGCAGUAACCUAACCUUCGUCAGCCAAUGGGAUCUGGCUAGUGCCUUUUUUUUCUCAGGGACAAUCAUCACAACCAUCGGUUUUGGAAACAUCUCUCCCAAGACGGAAGGAGGGCAGCUGUUCUGCAUUUUCUACGCUCUGGUGGGAAUCCCGAUGUUUGGAUUCCUGCUUGCUGGAGUCGGGGACCAUCUGGGUACUGGGCUGAGGAAAGCUGUUGCCAAAAUAGAGACCCUCUUCCGGAAAUGGCGUGUUAGUCCAACCAUUGUGCGGGUGAUCUCAGCCGUCCUGUCCAUCCUGCUCGGUUGCCUGCUCUUUGUCGCUGUGCCUAUCCUAAUUUUCCAGGAGGUGGAGGACUGGACUUACCUGGAGUCGGCGUACUUUGUCGUUAUCACCCUGACCACAGUGGGGUUUGGAGACUAUGUUGCAGGGGAUUCAGGAAAGGCGGGCAGUGACCAUUGGUACAAGCCUUUAGUAUGGUUUUGGAUCUUGCUUGGUCUUGCCUACUUUGCGUCCGUCCUGACGAUGAUUGGUAACUGGCUUCGGGUUCUAUCUAAGAAGACCAGAGCUGAGAUGGAGGAGCUGCGAGCACACGCGACUGACUGGACUCAAAACAUCCAGAAUAUGUCGGUGGAUUUUCGCAUAGCAGGCAGAAUUGAUGACCCCUUCAAACGGCGUCGCCGAAAGCGUCGCCACGGCCCUCGCAGCCAAGGUCACGCAGCAUCGGCCGACGGGGCCCCUGAGGGUAAAGAUGAGCAGGGUGAGAGUCAGACAGAGUCGGGAUCUUACUACUCUUCCUCCUCCAAUGAGUCAGGGUCUGAAUCAGAAACAGACUCUCAGGUCACUCAGACGGAGGCAGUACCCGAAGAGAAACCCGCGGAGAGUCCUCCAGAUCCUCUGCUGUCUCAGCCUCUGGACCACUUUGGGGAGAACCUCGCCUUCAUCGACGAGUCUUCCGAUGCCCAGAGUGGUAAACUACAUUUGGAUCCUCUGCUGGAUACGUUACAAUCCAACCGCACACGAUCUCGGAUGCCCAAGAGGAGACGGCAAAGAAGGCCGGUGCCGCAGAGAAGCCCCAAACUCAGGAGCUCCAGCCGCGAUAAGAAGGAGCCCAAUGGGAACCCCCAACCAAUUUCAGGUCUUCCAGUGGAGCCUUAAGAAUGAAGCUGAAAACAACCUAAGAGAUAUGAGAAGCGCUUAUAUACUUUCAGAGAAGUUGUCAAUAUAGGCACAGGUAUUUGUGUAUAUGUGUGAAUAUAUGUACUGCUUACCUACAGACACUUAAGGGGAAAACCUGCGGCAGCAGCUUUGGCCCCUUGCGGUUUGCAUUUAUUGCUCUUAGCAUGCGAGCGUCUGUUCCUCAACAAAAGAUGAUGAAGCGAUUUGAAUGCCAAUGUCCCCACUACUUUCUGAGGAGUUACUGCCCUCUACUGGACCAAGAAAGAAACACACUACCACUCUCUCUGCCUUUCACUAAUCCGAAAAAUGAAAAGCCACCAAGAAAACGCAGCAGUGGAAUACUCUUGUUAAAGAAAGGUAACGUUGGUUAGACAGUUACUCUUAAAUAUUGAAUCCUGCCAUCAACUAAACGGGUACUAAAUAGGCUCUUUGGUAUGUAAUAAAACCUUUUUAAAAUACUGUGUACAACCAGUCUGAUGGCCAAAUACAUUCAUCCUACUGUAAUGAAUUUUCCUAAUAAAGUUUCCUUUUUUUAAAGGAAAGCUGCA